UUUAAGAGUAGAUUUUAUUGUCAAUUCUGAUCUACUUGUACAAUAAAAUGCAACUAUUAAAAUAAGCCUAAAUUGAUUAAAACUAUAAAAUCAAAAUAAAUUAAAACUAAUACCUAAAAAUACUUAUCAAAACUUGCCGCCCUUGGUAGGGUGCCCAUCACGCAGGCAGCAUUUCCGUGUUGAAUUGCGAUUGAAAUUCUUUGCGCGAGAAAGCUGAGUUUUAAUUUCUCUUUUGUUUUGUCAUAUUAUGUAUAAAUAAUUGUUGUAUGCCGGCCAUUCCUGGCAGAAAUGGCGAAUACAUUUGAAUGUAUGUGUUCAGCACAUAUAAUUAUAAUAAAAAUAAUUUCCAGGCAUGCGUCAUUGGCAGCCUAAACUGGGUCUCCUUCUCCAAUGGCUUCGUGUAUGGUCAAGUGGGUAGCCUCAUCAAUUCACUGCAGAAGAAGGAAGAAUGCGUCGAGCUGGGGGAAGGACAAAUAUCACUCAUAGCCUCCACAAUAACCAUGAUGAAUCUCGUCGGCACUGGACUAUCCGCGAUUAUAACAGACAAGUUUGGCAGAAGAUGGCCUUAUAUUAUAUUCUCUCUACCACUAAUCAUUAACUGGAUAGUAUUGUACAAUGCCAGAGAAAUGUACCAUUUCAUGAUAUCUAGAAUAAUAGCUGGUAUAUCUGUAGGGGGAUUGGUGACCUUGAAUAUAUUUGUCACAUCAGAAUAUACUUCUCCAAAAACCAGAGCAUUCUACCUUAAUAUGGUGACAACUUUAACCCCAGCUUUAGGCACAGGUUUGGGCCACGCUAUCGGAUUAGCUAUACAUUGGAGGACGUCAGCAGUUGUAGGAAUAAUUCCCUCUGCUUUAGGAGUACUCCUUCCUUAUUUCUGGUCAGAAAGCCCGCAUUGGUUAGCUUCUAAAGGAAGAUUUGAUGAGUGUCAGACAACUUUUAGACAAUUACACGGUAAGACGCCAAAUUCGGAGAGGGAAUUGGCGCUUUUAAUCAAAAUGGAGAGGAGUAAACUAGAAAUGGCGGACAAAACUAAUUGUAAGCCGACUUUAAAACGUUUGAUUGUUGUUUUUAAACGGAAGUAUUUUUGGGAUUUAUUCGUUUUGAGUAUAUUUAUACACGCAUAUUUGACUGCGGCUGGGAAGUUGAUAUUCAGUUUGCUAGCAACGGUCAUAUUGGAACAAAUUACGGGUACUUCUAACGUUUUUAUGUACACUCUAUUUGUCGAUGGUUUCAUAGUGAUCGGGUCGUGUUUGUCUUGUUUGUUUAUAAGGAAAACCUCUAUGCGCACUCUGUUGUUUUCUACAGGGUUCACAGCUAAUGUUAUACUGGUUAUGUUUAGUUUAUUUUACUAUUUCCGAAACGGUCAAAGUUAUUUUGACUGGAUAAACGUCAGUUUAUUGGCGUUAUAUUUUAUAGCAAUCAACGCUGGACCGUACCCUCUAUUAGAGGCGAUGUACAGUGAAAUGUUUCCUCUAGAACUUAAAGUGUAUAUUUUUACAUUAUCCGCCAUAAUACUCAUAGCUGCUUUAAGUUUGUCCAUAUUUCUGUUACCCUAUAUUGUAAGCGCCAUAGGAUAUCAAGGUUUGUUUAUAAUGAACGCAGCUAUUAUGUCCGUCAGUCUUGUAUACAUUUGGUGGAGAUUACCAGAGACAAAAGGUAAAACUUUACAAGAAAUCGAGGUCUAUUUUAAAACUAAUAAUUUUAAUGUAGAAGCUGUAUUGACUAGUAGCGAUCAAGCAAAAGCUUUGAUAUGAAGGAGUUCAAGACUAUUGUGUUAUAUUUUUUUGUAUUCAAACACUGUGGUACAGAAUAGGUACGUUGUCUGAAGUUAAAAGAAACGUAGUGAAGUGACAUGUAGUUAAGACAGUUAAAAAGUGGAAAGCUAUAAGAACUGGUAUCCAGGGCUAUGAAAAUUAAAAAAAAACAUACUUAAGGGGUAAUUUCAACAGCGCAGACCAAUGCUAGAUAGAGAAAAUUUUCGGUUGAGUUGCGUAACAUAAACGGAUUUACUAAACCAUUUGAAGAAAAAUCUUUAUUUUAACUAAUAUUAAUAAACUAGAAUUAAUAUAUAAGAGUAAUGAGUAUAUAAGGGGAAGUCUGAAGGUGGCGCCAGUGACAGAAAAAUUGAGGAGUAGAAGGUUAGCUUGGUAUGGACAUGUAAUGCGUAGAGAGGAAAGUCAUAUUACAAGAAAAAUGUUGAAUGUGCAAGUGGAAGGUCAUAAGAGGAGAGGAAGGCCAAAGAAGAGAUGGUUGGAUCGUGUGAAAGAGGACAUGUGUGUAAAAGGAGUGGAUGAUGAGUUGACGAGUAAUAGAGACGAAUGGAAAAGAUUGACAUAUUUUUCCGACCCCACUUAAGUGGGAUAAGGGUAAGGAGAUGAUGAUGAUGAUGCAUAAACUAGAAUUAAUAAACUAAUAUUAUAAAGGGGUAGGUAAAAAAUGAUUAUUUGGUUGUGUGUUUCGAUUUAACUCGAAAAUACUCGAUUUUUUUUUUUUGCGUUUAGAGGUAUGUUCAGGCAUACACUAUAGCAAAUAAAACUUCUAACUUAGGCUGUUAGAAUGUUUAAUGUUGCUUGUUAGCGAAUAAUGAACGCCUGUUUAAUUAUUACAGCAAGACAUUCGAUAUACAACGUUGGUGUUAUUUUUCUGACGGCUGAGGGCCGCAGUAUUAGACUAUAUAUUUGUAUCCCCGUUUAUUCACGGAAUAGGGAUGGCUGAAACCAUCUGUUUAUAAUUAUAACCUUUAAAUUGAAAUUUUGGGGCACUUUUUUUAUUCUUUACAAGUUAGCCCUUGACUACAAUCUCAACUGAUGAUAAGUGAUGAUGCAAUCUAAGAUGGCAGCGAACUAACUUGUUAGGAUGAAGAUGAAAAUCCACACCCCUUUCGGUUUCUACACGACAUCGUACUGGAACGCUAAAUCGCUUGGCGGUACGUCUUUGCCGGUAGGGUGGUAACUAGCCACGGCCAAAACCUCCCCAAUUAUGUUACUUUAAAGUCAUCAGUUAACACAUUUAGAGACACUUUAUCAAACUCUACCUGACGCCGCGCGGUUUUAUUCGCGUGGUUCCCGUUCCCGUAGGAAAACGGGGAUAAUAUAUAAUCUAUAGCCUUUCUCGAUAAAUGGGCUAUCUAACACUGAAAGAAUUUUUCAAAUCGGACCAGUAGUUCCUGAGAUUAGCGCGCUCAAUCAAACAUACAAACUCUUCAGCUUUAUAUAUUAGUAUAGAUAGAGACGGUUGUCCUUGUACCUUUCAUACGUUGUAAUUCUGGUGACCAACGCCGCUUGCCUGACCCGACGAAUAUCUGUCUUCUUUUUAUUUUAAAUUGUGUAUUAUUAAAUAAAUAAAAUAAAUGAAACAAAAAUUGUAAAUAGUUAAAUAAAUACAUUAGGUAUAGUUAUUAUCUUUACUAACUUUUAUUAUAAAUAUAUUUUGUAUGUUGCUAAAUAAUAAAGUUUAUUAUUUAAAGAUUUAGAGCUUGUUUUUUU